GAUUUAAAGGUGCAGCAUCAUGGUUAUGAAAGCUUCUGUAGAAGAUGAUGAUUCUGGGUGGGAACUUGGUGUGCCUGACAAGAUGGAAAAGAGUAACACCAGCUGGAUAGAUAUAACCCAGGAUUUUGAAGAAGCUUGUAGAGAGCUGAAGUUAGGAGAACUGCUUCAUGAUAAGCUUUUUGGUCUUUUUGAAGCCAUGUCUGCCAUUGAAAUGAUGGAUCCCAAGAUGGAUGCUGGUAUGAUUGGAAACCAAGUUAACAGGAAGGUUCUUAACUUUGAGCAAGCUAUUAAGGAUGGCACUAUUAAAACAAAGGAUCUCACUUCGCCUGAGCUAGUAGGAAUAAUGGAUACAUGUUUUUGUUGUUUGAUAACAUGGUUAGAAGGACAUUCCUUGGCACAGACAGUAUUCACUUGCCUUUAUAUUCAUAAUCCAGACUUCAUAGAAGAUCCUGCUAUGAAGGCUUUUGCUCUUGGGAUCCUAAAAAUCUGUGAUAUUGCCAGAGAAAAGGUUAACAAAGCAGCUGUUUUUGAGGAGGAAGAUUUUCAGUCAAUGACUUACGGAUUUAAAAUGGCUAACAGCGUGACAGAUCUUAGAGUUACAGGUAUGCUGAAGGAUGUAGAAGAUGACAUGCAAAGACGAGUGAAGAGUACUCGAAGUCGACAAGGUGAAGAGAGAGAUCCAGAAGUCGAACUUGAACAUCAGCAGUGUUUAGCUGUAUUCAGCAGAGUCAAGUUCACCCGCCUGCUACUGACUGUUCUAAUAGCAUUUACAAAGAAAGAGACAAGUGCAGUUGCAGAAGCUCAGAAACUAAUGACUCAGGCAGCUGACUUGCUUUCUGCCAUCCACAAUUCAUUGCAUCAUGGCAUGCAGGCACAGAAUGAUACCACUAAAGGGGAUCAUCCUAUUAUGAUGGGCUUUGAGCCCCUUGUUAAUCAGAGAUUGCUGCCACCAACUUUCCCUCGAUAUGCAAAGAUAAUUAAAAGGGAAGAAAUGGUCAAUUAUUUUUCCAAACUAAUAGACCGAAUAAAAACUGUAUGUGAAGUAGUCAACUUAACUAAUUUGCACUGUAUACUGGACUUUUUCUGUGAGUUUAGUGAGCAAUCACCAUGUGUUCUUUCGAGAUCCCUAUUACAGACAACUUUCCUAGUAGAUAACAAGAAGGUGUUUGGCACUCAUCUCAUGCAAGACAUGGUAAAAGAUGCUCUAAGGUCUUUUGUUAGUCCUCCGGUACUGUCUCCAAAGUGUUGUCUUUAUAAUAAUCACCAGGCAAAGGACUACAUUGAUUCUUUUGUGACACAUUGUGUUCGGCCAUUCUGUAGUCUGAUUCAAAUCCAUGGACACAAUAGAGCUCGUCAGAGGGAUAAACUGGGUCACAUUCUUGAGGAAUUUGCCACACUACAGGAUGAGGCAGAGAAAGUAGAUGCAGCACUUCAUAGUAUGUUACUGAAGCAGGAACCACAAAGGCAACAUUUGGCUUGCUUGGGCACAUGGGUCCUAUACCACAACCUUCGUAUUAUGAUACAGUAUCUUCUCAGUGGCUUUGAGUUGGAACUUUACAGUAUGCAUGAAUAUUACUACAUAUAUUGGUAUCUGUCAGAGUUCCUCUAUGCCUGGUUGAUGUCAACACUGAGCCGUGCUGACAGCUCUCAGAUGGCAGAGGAGAGAAUAAUGGAGGAACAACAGAAAGGCCGUAGUAGUAAGAAAACAAAAAAAAAGAAGAAAGUUCGCCCUCUCAGCAGAGAGAUUACCAUGAGUCAAGCAUACCAAAAUAUGUGUGCUGGGAUGUACAAGACAAUGAUCGCAUUUGACAUGGAUGGCAAAGUAAGAAAACCUAAGUUUGAACUGGAUAGUGAACAAGUUCGAUAUGAGCACAGGUUUGCUCCAUUCAACAGUGUCAUAACACCACCCCCAGUGCACUAUCUGCAGUUCAAAGAAAUGUCUGAUUUAAACAAGUACAGCCCACCUCCUCAGUCAUCAGAUCUCUACAUGGCAGCUAGCAAACACUACCAGCAAGCUAAAAUAAUUCUUGAGAAUAUUCCGAAUCCAGACAAUGAGGUCAAUCGAAUUCUCAAAGUUGCAAAACCCAAUAUUGUGGUCAUGAAGCUGCUGGCAGGAGGCCACAAGAAGGACUCUAAGGUUCCUCCAGAAUUUGACUUCUCCCCUCAUAAAUACUUUCCAGUUGUGAAGCUUGUUUGAAGGGCAAGAGAUUUAUUGUUAGGAUACCUGUGUAGCAGAUACCAGCUGUAGGAGGGAAU